AUGGGCGCACGGAGACGAAGGAGGAGAAAAAUGGAGAGGCGGGGAGGCUACGCUCGGGGUCCGCAUCAGGCGGCGACAGCGAAGCGGGAGGUGCGCACGGAGACGAAGGACCCGAGAAUGGAGGCGUCCGGGAGCGAGGACUUCGCCGGCGUCAAAGCCACUGCCAGGCGGGACGCGCAGGCGCGCGAGGGGCGCAUGGCUCCUCUCCUGGCCCAAGUUGAGCAUAUGUUAGAUGGUCUGGAUGACAUGGAUGGUGCCGAGGAUGUCCCUUUUGAUGAGCUCAUAGGCAUGCAAGGCUUAGUAUUUCACUUGGUUGAGAAUGCAAUUACAAAACAACAGCUGAUGGAGCUGUGGUUCUUGGAAACCCAGUUGCUCCUCCUGUUAAUGGGGAUGUGUAUGCGGAUAUCAGCCCUGAGAAUGUUGUGGUCCAGUGACACCGAGAAGAUAGUGCAAAUGUGCUAA